CAUUUGUAUGACAAAUCAGUGAAAGUCAAUUUCCAGUUAGUCGUAUGUACAAAGUGUAAACUGAAAAAAGAGAGGGCGGGGCACUGAAACACAAAGCACGCCAUUGGUCUCUAAAAUACAACCGUAAGGAAAAGGUAGCCUAGGUAUUUGCCUGAUACACAAAUCCACCAAAAGAGUGGCUGCAGCUACCAAGAGUUGCGACCGUCUAAAGUGGGAAGAGCUCAGAAGAGGAGGACAGAGCGGAACUGUUCUGACCACUCCAGGAAAUUGAGUAUCAGGCCCUUGGCAGAUGACCAGUGGGCCACAGUGUGGGGCAGAGCCAGCACCAGGUAGAGCAGGAGAACCAGCAGACACACCCCGGCUCCUGUCAGACUCCGACACAAGUAGCCACCAACAAAGAGUGGCUUUCUCACCUUGUGCCACUCUACCACCAUAGCCAGGAGCCCGCACGGCCCUCCAAACCACGCAUUUCCCAGCAGCUCACGCUCCGGUAUUCUUCUAGCUUUCUUCUCUCCCCUCUUCUCUCUGGCCCAGGCUUUGUCCUUACAAAUGUUGGACCAGGCUCGUAGGUUUGCGUCUGUUAGGAACUUGAGGAAGCAGAGGAAGGAUCCCAGGAGACUGAGGUAGAAGGCCAGGGAGAUGACGUCUUCGGUGGUGAACUGCUCUAACAUCGUGUUCCUUGUUACCGAGCUCCACGAGUAGCGUGCUUCGAACGCGACGCGACGCGAUGCAGCCCGCGACACGGGCAGUCAACACAACGCGCUCCGCAUUUACAAUGCGCACCGUCGGCUGUGUUUGAUCCUUGGAAGGCGUGGCCGUUGUUCGCGACAGUGAAGUGGCUUUCCCCUGAGUGCGUGUAGUUGUUCGGUCGAGAUCUUCAGGAGGAACCCUCAGAGAAGUAAUUUCUAUACUGAACCGAUUACAAAAAACAACCCUCGCUUCUUUCGUCCGGCUCCAAACACAUUUCAACCUUUUCCACGUCGCACCCCAGUCUGAACUUCUCUCUCCCUUAAACUUAUAUCUAAGCUCACCACUCUUGAUCCAAACUCUACUUUCUCUUCAAAUCUUCAACAAACCUUUCCGCCACAUUCUUCCCUCCUCUUUCACUGAACAUCAGCUGGUCUUGUGUUUUACUGGAACACCACCUCCACUCCCCCACUGAGAGUCAUGCCAGUGAGUGUGGAACAGUGGAGGGCAGCUGUAGGGGCAAUGGCUAGGUCUGCAGCUCCCAAGCCACGGAGCCCCAUUGGUCCCCACUGGAACAAGUGGCUGAAGGCCAGUGAUCCUGUGGCCUACAAAGGAUGUGUGGUUCUGUUGGUGACCAUAGCACAGCUUGUCCGGUCUGGUCUGGAGGAGGCACAGGAGAAGACGGAAGAGAUGGUGAAGGAAGGCGGUGAGCAUGUCUGUCAGUCGGCUAGCAGGGGAAAGACUCGGGUGCUGGCAAUGAAAGCAAGGCCCAGUGCUGUGCUGGCCACGUCACUUGUGUCUCAACUGGUGAUCCUGCUGUGGAGACACAUACUCCAACUCCACUAUCACGUUGCAGAAAGUGUGGGCUACCUAAUGUCUCUGCUGUUCUCUAACAUAAAGAGGCCUGGUCUGAGUGAGGUGACAAUGAUAGUGUUUGUGACUCAGCUGCUGCUCAUGAUGGCUGGAGAUGUGGAACGAAACCCUGGCCCUGAUACCCUAACCACAGAUGAUCUUGCAACACUAGUAAAUGAACUCCAUGAAGUUAGGGACAAGUGGUAUCAUCUCGGAGUGCAGUUAAAGACGAAGCCAUCAGAUCUUAAUGCCAUUCGAAUUCAGUGCAUGAACAAUCCUGAUGAUUGUCUGGUGGAGAUGUUGUGUGUCUGGCUCACAAAAGUUCCCUCUCCUCCCACCUGGCAGAGAGUGGUGGAUGCUCUCUGCGCCCCUGCCAUAGACAGACCAGACGUAGCUCAACGUGUCAGACAGACC